UGAUGUUCUUCUAUUUCUCAUCAUUUCCAGAGCUGAACUUGACUAAGUAUGAAGGAGACGACAUGUCAAUCCAGUGCAAACAUCAUGAUGAACAUCAGAAACUCUUCUGCAAAGCACAUGAACCCUCCAUGUGUGUGAAGGAUGGAGUUUCAUUGGAGACGAUCAGAGAUGAUCGAUUCUCUUUCAGUGAUGAAGCUUCUACUGGAGUCUUUACUGUGAACAUCACUGAUCUGAGAGAAGAGGAUUCUGGGAUAUACUGGUGUGGAUCUCACAUCAUCACUAAAGUCAACCUCAAUGUAAAACAGGAUUUCUUUUUGUUCAACAUUAUUUCUAUAUGUUCGACUCUGCUGCUGAUUGGAGGAUUCACUGUGAUUGAGUGUUUAAUAAGAUGAGGUGAUGCUGUCCUUCAUGAACACACACUGAUUAUGACUACUACAGCUUAACACAAAAAAACAUUGUAUACGAAUAGUCUUUAUCAAAUAAGAUGAAUGUCUUCAAAAGAACAUUUUGUCAGAUGCACCUCACUGUUCAUUGAUAUUGUUUUGUAAUUUUAGGGAUGAGCUCAACAUCAGACGAGACACAGUAAAGCAGUGAGUCUGUGUCUUCAUGCACUUAAAGGUUCUCUAAGCGAUCCUGGGUGGAGUAACUUCCUGUUGACGUUCGAAGUGUUGUCAAACAAAUCAGAGGCUAGCUAGACCCUCCCUCCUCCUCCUCUCCCUC